UUAUUUUAAUGACCUUGUGUGGUUUAUUUUUUUUCUUUAAUAAAUGGGUAUACUGCAUUUGUUUUAAUGACACAAUAAGGAUGUUUGUUUUCACAUUCCAGAUGUUUAUAGUUCAUAUCUUUGUAGGGCACUGCUUGGAAAAGAACAGCAGCCUUCAUCUGGUUUCCUUCCUGGUUCUGUGGGACCCGUAGGGGGAUCCUGUUUCCGGAGUUAAGUACUUCAUGACUCUGCCCUGUCAGACUGCAGCAGACGGCUUCUCAGCCCGUUAGGAAAAUGAAUAUGAAUGUUUUGGUCCUGGCAGUGGUUUUACUGUUCACUGAACCUGGAUUAGGUUUGAAGCGAGCCGYUUCUGGUCCUUGCUUGCCUGUGUGUUCUGAAGAGGACUGCAUCACGGUGAACUGGGACAGGGUGGAUUUUCAGUCAGCAGAGGAAUCGUGUCGUGACAAGCACGGGGAACUUCUGACGCUUCCAACUGAGACUCAUCAGCGAAUCUUUGAUGUUUUGAGUAAAACACUGUCUGGAAGCUUCUGGAUCGGAAUCCGUUUGCCAGCCGGGUCCUGCYGCGGCCCCUCGGCUCCGCUCAGAGGAUACCGGUGGACUUCUGGAAACGGGACUCAUUCUGCAUCGUCCAUCAUCUGGACAGAAAACUCUAAACUCUGCUCUCCACGCUGCGUUUCACUUUCAGACCACCAAGAGUGGGAAGAGAGUCUGUGUUCAGACAAAGCUGAWGGGUUCAUGUGCAGAACCCAACAACAACACGCCUGCCAGGAAAAAGAGAGGAUAUUUAAAAACUCAAACGGCUGCAAAGAUGGUCCCUGUGAGCACCAGUGCUUCAACGUAAAUGGAGGAUAUAAAUGUUCUUGUUUUAAAGGAUAUAAACCCGACAGAACUUACCCAAGGAAGUGCAGAUUGUUCUGUGGACAGAAGACGUGUCCUGCAGUUUGUCACAGUCCAGAUCAGUGCUCCUGUCCAGAUGGAUUCAUCUUGAGUGGACAAACCUGCGAGGACAUAAAUGAAUGUGAGAUGGGUCAGUGUUCGCAUGGCUGUUUAAACAGUUUUGGGAGCUUUAUGUGUUUCUGCGGUGAAGGGUCCGUGCUCAAAGAUCACGUCGACUGCGUCCCGGCCGCAGAAGCCGAAGCGUUUGACGUCACAACUCCCGUAGCCGUAUUCGUUAAACCAGCCACUAAAAACGUCACCCCGAGGAGCGCCGCAAACCCCGGAGGGGUUUUUCUCUGGAUCUGGGUCCUGGUUGCCUUGAUGCUGGUUGUGUCCGUGUUUCUGAUCAGGUUUCAUGUUGUUAAACGUCAGAAACGCAGAGAACAAAGCCAACAAUCUGCUGCUCCUGGAGAGAAUGUUGAGUUUUAGAGAACGGACCGGAUCUUUACYGUUUGAUGGAGUCUGAAAAUGACAAAUUUAUAUUCAUUCUUUGAGACUUUGUUUCUCAUCUGUUGUGCAAAAUUAAAAACUGUUAAAAUAUGAAGAAACAUCAACACAAGUGAAGAAUAAUCCAAACAUUAACAUGGAUGAUGUACCUGAAUGUAGAAGAGAGCCCUCAAGUGUCUGGGUUUUUUUUUUCAACUUUUCUUUUUCUCUUAAUUCCCUUCAUCAAAACAUAAAAAAAUCCAAAUCUACUUUUGUAAAAAGGUCAGAAAAACAGAUAUAUUUAACUUUUCAUGAAAUGUUGCAGUUUAAUGAGCUCAUCUGACAAAGUCAAGUUAUUUUUAAAUAUAAAGUAAAAAUGUUUGUUAAAAAAGCUGCCAGAGUUUUUAAYCUCAACAGGAUUUUAAAGUUUUAAUGGUUAUAUUAAACAAGCUAUUGUUAAUUUAUUGGUGACUUUGAGCUCUAUAACAUUAUAUAAWAAUAAUGCAUAUUGCCUGCCGGUGUGCCAGGCUUUUAAACACAAAUUUUAUWCAAUCUGUUCGUGRGAGUUUAAUGUMGAGYAGACUCUCAGCUACUAUCACACCAGA